GAAGAGCCAGGCGUGGUACCUUUUAAACUGCUGUCUAAUGCAUGUCCUUUGGAAAAAGGCUCUGAAGAACUGCAGGGAAACUAAGAGAGCUUGAUCAAAUCAGCCAUACAAUUUGUACUAAAGGCUAUGGUGUUCACUAAGAUGAUUGCGAAAUCUCUCCUCGUCCUUUAUUUUGUGAUUGCAUCAGCGGUAUCUGCAACGCAAUGUUUGUCACGUCGAUGCCUGGCUGAUAAUUUAAUUGAUAAGCAACUCUAUAGUGCUCCACAGCCUCCAGAUUGUUUUAUAAAUGUGAACCUCACAGCCAUCCAAUAUGAGACUCUCUCUUUCAAUUUACAAACUUUGCAAUUCUCUAGUCAUAUAAAAGUCUACAUGGAAUGGACAGACCCAGACCUUGCAUGGACAGAUUCACAAUACAAUUUUACCGAAGUCUUACUUCCAUUUACUUAUAUCUGGCUCCCUAAUCUGACUGUGAACAAUGCCAUUUACACGGCGGUGCAUCCUCUUUCUAAAGAUAUAUUAGUGACACGUGAUGGCACUGUGAACUACGCCAUACAGAUGUACAUCACCGUGGUGUGCGAUAUGAACCUCUUCUCCUAUCCCUUUGUUGAGGAUACGUGCAUAGUGGCCAUCAAUGGAUGGAAUCGAAGCUCAUGUGGAGUGAAGCUCCAGUAUGGGAAGAUAACUACAGUGGGAGGUCAACGAGGGGAAUGGCAAACUUUGGAUGUGAACUUCUGUGGGGGAGCCCAAAACUACCUUCAAGUCACUCUGUACCUCAACCCCUUUAAUGCUUUGGUGUCGUUGGUACUGCCCACUGCACUCAUCAUGGUGGUCGAUCUGGUGAGCUUUGCUCUACCGCUGAAUGGUGAACGUAAUGCUUUCAAGAUCAAGUUGGUGUUCAGCUUCACCAUGUUCCUCCUUAUACUUUCCAAACAAGUACCUCAGGGUGGUCCCUGCAGCCCUCUGAUCUAUUAUCACUUUUGCUUCUGCUUGAUUGUGCUGGUUGUGAGUCUGCUGGUGUCCAUGAUGUUGUCUCAACUGGCUAGAACUGGUAGCAUAUGGCCUGGCAGGCCACGAAAGCAGAGUGGAUCAGGCAGCUCCAUGGCUCAACAAGACAAUGCGCUUCAUCAAAAUGACACUGAAAUCAACUGCAGCAAAGUAAACUCUGUGAAUCUUAUGACGGAAGUUACAUCCAUCCAGAAGAUUUCAAGCUUUGUGAAUAAUAUGGACAAGGAGAUAAUGGAGAAAAAGAGGAAACAGGACUACGCAAAAUCUUGGGACAAUUUCUGUUUUAUUACGUACUUGUUCUUGGACAUCAUUUACAUGUUAUGUGUAUUUGCUAUCUUCAAAACACAGCAGUGUAGCAGUAAUAAACUGAGCUUUUAAAUUGACAGUCAAGAGCUUGUAGUUCUCUGUUAUACUCUAACCAGUGCAAAUAUAAAAUUAUAAGUUUGUGAGAUAAGAAACUCAUAAAUGUAGUAUGUUUCA